AUGUUUGAUGCAAAGAUUGAUUCUACAUCUAUAUCGAACGAUAAUAAUAAUAAUAAUCGAUCUCGUUCAUUAUUACGUCAAAUACGUGCAACACUUACCGGUAGAAGUUGUAGUCGACAUCCAACAGAUACAACAAAUGAAUCUCCAUCAGUCUCAUUACUUCGUAAAAAACAUCGAUCAUUUGAUAAUGUUAAUAUUGAACAACGUUCACCAAAAUCUUAUAUAAAAAGAACUUCAAAAACUAAAACGCCAAUUUCAUUUUCACAUCGUUUAUCUUUAUUGAAUCAAGUUAAAACACAUAUUAUUGGAACUCAUAAACACCGUCAAACUAUAUCAUCAAUAUCGAAUGAUGAUAAUAAAUAUUUACUAUUACCAUCUAUUAUGUCGAUUACAGUGAGUUAUUUUGAAUUCUAA